AGAUUCGCGCGAGUCCUUAAUCAUUUGGUUGCGCCGCACGACGCCACCGUCUCUUUCUCUCCGUCGUGGAUCGCCGCGCGACAAAGAUGCUGCCCCAAUCGCUGAAGCUGGUAAAGGCCAAUGCCUCAAACCCCAAGCUGUGGCUGUUCAUCGGAAUAGGAAUCACCGGCGUCGUCGUUCUUACUGAGACACGUCGGAGAAGGAAGAAGAGCAAGACCGAAAAAGUAGACUUCGGUGCUUUUGUUCAGCGUUUUGAGCUUCUCCCCUUCCCUCACCCUCACCCUCCGCCACUCAACCAAACCCAAAUGCUCUCUACUCUAACCUUCGCCGUCAAAGACAUAUUUGAUGUGAAGGGCUAUGUGACUGGUUUUGGGAACCCUGACUGGGAGAGGACGCACGAGGAGGCUGGCGAUACUGCCAUUGUCAUCACUGCUCUGCUCAGGAAUGGUGCUACUUGUGUUGGCAAGACUGUUAUGGAUCAAUUCUCUUUUGGGAUUUCUGGUGAGAACAAGCAUUAUGGGACACCAACCAAUCCUCUGUUGCCGUCUUGCAUUCCUGGAGGUUCUUCCAGUGGUUCAGCUGUAGCAGUUGCUGCUGGCCUAGUUGACUUUGCUAUUGGUACUGAUACUACAGGUUGUGUAAGAAUUCCAGCAGCAUUCUGUGGUAUUCUUGGAUUUCGACCAUCUCAUGGAAUUGUAUCCACCAUUGGAGUUCUUCCAAACGCUCAAAGCUUGGACACUGUUGGAUGGUUUGCUCGAGAUCCGUCUAUUCUUCAUCGUGUUGGACAUAUUUUACUUCAAUUGAAUUCUGUGGAGCCCAAAAGGACCAGGCGUAUCAUGUUUGCUUAUGAUCUUUUUCAAUUAUCUAAAGUUCCUGCUCAGCAGACGGUAUAUGUUAUGGGCAAAGCUAUUGAGAAUUUGUCUGGUUAUCAGUCUCUACAGCAUAUAAAUCUAUGGCAGUAUAUUGCUACUGACGUGCCCAGUCUAAAGGGAUUUCAUGAACAAUUAACUCAACAACAAAAUGUAGCAUCUGUGCUGAAAGCUCUCACUUCGGUUAUGUUUUCAUUGCAAGGAUAUGAAUUCAAAACCAAUCAUGAAGAAUGGGUUAAAUCGGUCAAACCCAGGCUAGGGCGUGGUGUGUCCGAUCGUGUUUUUGCAGCCAUGAAGACUACACAUGAUAAUAUAAAAGCCUUGUAUAAAGUCAGAACUGAGUUGCGAGGUUCUUUUCAACGUCUACUGAAGGAUGAUGGAAUACUAGUUAUUCCCACAGUUGCAGACAAUCCAUUAGAGCUUAAUACACUGAAAGGGUUUUAUUCUGAGUACCAUGACAGAGCUUUUGCAUUAUCUAGCAUUGCUAGUAUUUCUGGAUGUUGUCAGGUUGCAAUUCCAUUAGGAUAUCACAAUGAUUGCUGUGUUUCUGUUUCAUUCAUCUCAUCGCAUGGAGCUGAUAAAUUUCUUCUUGAUACGGUCUUGGAUAUGUAUAAUACUCUUCAAGAGCAAGUUAGUGUUGCUGAUUCCUAUGCUCUCCCACUACCAGAUAGCAAUGGUAAUUUGGAAUCUUCUGAACUUUUAAAAGAGAAGGGCAAUGCAGCAUUUAAAGGAAGGCUGUGGAAUAAAGCUGUCAACUACUACACCGAGGCUAUCAAGUUGAACGGGAUGAAUGCAACUUACUACAACAACAGGGCAGCUGCUUACAUAGAGUUAGGAUGCUUUCAGCAAGCUGAAGAAGACUGCAAUGAGGCCAUAUUACAUGAUAAGAAGAAUGUGAAGGCAUAUCUGAGACGUGGAACUGCUAGAGAAUCGCUACGUCAGUAUAAGGAAGCUCUAAAAGAUUUCAAGCAUGCUCUUGUUCUUGAACCGCAGAACAAAACCGCUAGUGUUGCUGAGAAAAGACUCAGAAAAUUGAUGAGUUGAUACAUACGGGCUUCGGCACUUUUGACCCUGUCCUCCCCCCCUACUGUUUGAGAAUGCUAAUGGCUGUGGAAAUAUGAUUUUUAGCUCCCUUCGAAGUGAAGAAGAUAGGGGACUAUUAUGUCGAUGUGAUGCUGCAUUUUUUGGGCUCAUUUCAUAUUCUAUUAGGAGUAUUUAUUUUAGCAACUUACUUUUGGGACAUAGCACACGAUGUAGAUAUGGGCAGCACACAGCACACGAUAUAACUAAGAAUUAUCUGGCGCAAUUUUUUUUUUUUUUUCGUGUAUAUCAAAGUAUCAUGACAUAACUCAUAAAAUAAGUAUCAUGACAUAACUCAUAAGACA